AUGAGGAGGACAAUUUUGAUAAUCAACGUUAUCUUCCUCGUGGUCAUCGCAACAACAGGCGAUGUUGCUAAAGCCGAGCAUGAAGAUGGCAUCUUUCCGUUGAAAAAAACAGUAACAAUUACCAACACACUGGAGAGCAAGGCGCAACUAAAGUUACAUUGCAGGUCAAAAGAUGACGAUCUUGGGGUUCGUCAUUUGGGAUAUAACCAGAGCUCUCGUUUUAAGUUUAGGACAGAUAUAUUUUUUCGAACCCUGUUCUACUGUUCCUUUGAAUGGCGAGCUGGCGUUCCAGGUGGCGGCAAGGUUCAUUGGGACGAGGUUUAUAAUGAUUGGGAAAUGAACUGUAUUGCUUGUAAAUAUAUUGUUAAGCCCUUUGGGCUUUGUAAGUUCAACUCGCAAACACAUCAGUAUGACAAGUGCGGUUUUUGGAAGAAUGAGCAUUAG